GAUGUGUGACUGGGAAGUUGAUGUUACUCCUUCCCCAAAAGGGACAGCCUUUGCACACUCAGCUGCCCCACUCCGCCCGCAUAGACCUCCCCAUAUUUGGCAAAAAAAUACAGAAAAAUAGUGAACCAGUGGACAGAAAAAAGACACCAGAUCACAAGCAAAAUUCUGACAUAAAAGGACUUUACAAAAUUAAGCAGAAAAAUGGAUCCCAGUAAUUCUUCAAAUGUGCCUCAAUCCAACUGGAAUUCAUCAGAGAAGCAGCCCGCACCACCACAAUACUACGAUAACCCAGGAUACCCUAACCCUGCAUAUCCUCCUUCACCAGCGGGUUAUCCGAACCCUUCUGGAUAUCUUGCCCAGCAAUACGGAGCUCCUGUCCAGCAAUACGGACCUCCAGGUGGUCAGCCAUACAUACAGGCCCCUUAUCCAGGACAGCCUCGGAUCACCGUACAGCCGACUGUUUAUGUGGCCCCCACUCCUCUGGCCCAUCCACUGCCAGAUUACCUGUGUUGCUCCAUUCUUACCAUGCUCUUCUGCUGUUUACCUCUGGGCAUUGCUGCUCUGGUUUACUCCAUCUCUACUCGAAAUGCAAACAUGUCUGGACAUCAACAAAUAGCAGAGUCAAACUCCAGAAUGGCGCGCAUCCUUAACCAAUCUGCUCUUGGUGUCGGCAUCACCAUCCUUGUGUUGUACAUCAUCUCCAACGUCGUCAUCAUGUUAACCUAUCUUCAAAAUCAUGCUAGACAUAGAGGGCCACAGUGAAAGAUUUCCAAUUAUUAACACCACAUACAAUGUUACAAAUAUUAUUUUAUAUACACGUUUGAUAUUCUGCCUUUAAAUGUGUAAUGUAUACAGCUUUUUUACGCUUAACAUUAAUUGGUUCAGUUGAUGGGGCAUUAAGAAAUGAUUUAGCAUGUUUAUUGACUGACCAAUUUAUGUCCAGCCUUUUAUUAUACACUGAAUUUAAACAAAUGCUUUGAAUGUUUCUUGCAUUUUAACAGAAUAUAAGCUUUGUGGUAAAAAUAUCAUAACAGAGACAUUUGUUGUUUUUAAA